CGCCCCGCCCGCCCGCGCUCGCGCUCGGCGCCUCUGCCGCCCGGCGCCGCAGACGCUCCGGAUCCUCCGAGUCCUCGGCGGGUGCCCAGUCCGAGCGUGGAGCCCAUGGAGCCGGCGGGGGGCGCGCCCCAGGAGAGCGCCGGGGCCGAGGCGCUGCUGGGCGAGCUGGAGGCGCGGGUGCAGGAGGUGGUGAGGGCCAGCUCGUGGUGGGAGCGCCACGGCGUGGACUGCGCCAUCCUCGCGCUCAGCCUCCUCGCCUUGCCACCCGGGUUCCUGUGUCUGCGCUCUGACAGCCCCCUGGUCUUUGCCCUGGGCAUCACCAUCCUCGGGGUGUGCCACUACACGCUGACCGUCAAGGGCAGCCACCUGGCCACUCACGGCGCCCUCACCGAGUCCAGAGGCUGGAGCAAGGUCUGGACACUUUUCUUUGUGGAGGUAUGCACGUCCUUCACUGCGGAGUACGCCAAGUAUGGACACGUGAAGAUGCACCAUGGCUACACCAACGUGCUGGGCCUGGGGGACUCAAGCACGUGGAGGCUGCCUUGCCUCAACCGCUAUGUCUACAUGUUCCUCGCUCCUUUCUUGAUCCCCAUCAUAACCCCGCUGGUGGCUGUGGAGCGGCUGAGAGAGGUGGAGCUCAGGACGGCCCUGCGGACUCUGGGCCUGAUCUCCCUGGGCCUUUAUUCUCAAUACUGGCUGCUCCUGAACGUGUCUGGCUUCCGGAGCCCCAGCUCGGCCCUGGCCUGCAUGCUCAUCACCAGGUCCCUGCUGGCCCACCCUUAUCUCCACGUCAACAUCUUCCAGCACAUCGGGCUGCCCAUGUUCUCCCCCGACAAGAAGCCCCGACGGAUCCACAUGAUGAGCCUGGGGGUGCUUAACCUGCCCCGGCUGCCCGUGCUGGACUGGGCGUUCGGCCACUCUCUCAUCAGCUGCCACGUGGAACACCACCUCUUCCCCAGGCUCUCCGACAACAUGUGCCUGAAGGUGAAGCCCGUGGUGUCCCGGUUCCUCCACGAGAAGCAGCUGCCAUACAACGAGGAUUCCUACCUGGCUCGCUUCCGUCUGUUUCUCCAACGCUACGAGGAAUUCAUGGUGCAGACCCCUCCCAUCACAGAGCUGGUGGGGCUGCAGUGAGGGGCGGGCCAGCCAGGCCACCUCGCUGUCCUUCCCGGGGGCCCAGCCCUGGCGCUCCUGCCUCUGCUGGCCACCCCUGGGGCGGGGAGGGCGCCGGCCCCCACCCAGGGGCUGUGCUUCGCUCCAUUGGAGUGUGGAGGUGCGGGUGGAUAGUGAGGCGGGGAGCUCACGCCGGGGGUUCUGGGGGUCACCUGCUCUGCUUGCUCUUCUGGGUUUCGAGGAAUAAAGGUGGCUGGGCAUUCUGCUCAGUCUGGACCUCAGCCAGCUUCAUCUCAGGACUAAACAGAUGGAUUCCUUCCUGCUUUCGCUCUGAGCCUUGGGAGGGCUAGUGGACAGGGGUAUGGAGAGGCUCUAGGUUGGGAGCAGGCCGGGAGGGGCACCAAGAGAGAGGGGUCCACCUGCCGCCUGGCGAGGGCCUCCCUGGUGCCAGGGAGCUCUGGACUUGGCCACUCCUCCUUCCUGUGCCAUUUGAGGUUCCGGCCCCGAAGGAGCCCUCUCCCCAGGGACCACAGGGAGAGGUUACCUCCGGCAGACUUUCCUAGUAUCUCAGCCAGGAAACCUGUGCAAGACCCUGGGCUCAGCAGCUCCCGAGACCCACAGCAUCUGUGAGAUCAAAGUGUGUGUUUUGUGGGGAAGGCUCCAGGGCAGAUGAGGAUAGCAAGGGGGUAAGUAGCUUUGAGCGGGACCUUGGCUAGCUCUCCAAGUCAGCAUUGCUUGUGAUGUUUGCAAGGGGUGGAGGAAUUCUCAACUGGGGGAGAGAGAAAAUGACUGGGAGGGUAGCUGAGGCUGGAGAGGGGUUAUGGGAACAGGCGCUGGAGGUCAGAUGGCCUUGGAGAGGAGAGGAAGGAGGGGGAGAGGGAUGGGGGUUCAGACACAAGAGCUGGGAGUCAAGGGCUACGCUUAGCUGUGAAAGGAAUGUCUGCAGCCUGGGAGUGAGGCGGAGAUAUAAGGGAGUGACUGAUGCCAGCCAGAACAAGAGCCUAGGUAGUGGGGAUGCCACUGAGAUCCAGCCCAAAGCGGGCGGCCUGGAGAGAGCGAGCUGGGAGCAGCGCUGCCUGGAGGCUGGAUGAGAAAGUGGGAGGCAGGGCCCAGCUGGAGGCUGAGGGAGAGUCAGAGAAGGAGGCCGGGCCUCUGAUAGGAGGCCAGAGCAGUGAAGUUUAAAACAGCUUUCUCACUUUGGCACUGUGAUGCUUUGGCCAGCUAAUUCUUUGUCGCUGGGGACUGUCCUGUGCAUUGUAGGGUGUUUAGUCACAUCUCUAGCUUCUAUCCACUAGGAUGCCAAGUUGUGAUAAUCAAAAACGUCUCCAGACAUUGCCAAAUGUCUCCUGGUUGGGGGGCAGGCGGCAAAAACCCUCUCUGGUUGAGGACACACAAGUCUAUCCUAAGUGCAUGAUCACCUUGUUUUUCAGUGAAGUCCUUGGACGAGGUGAAGGACAUGCUGAUCCUGAUAAAGGGAAGGCUGAAUGCCAGCACGUGGGGUGGGUGGAGGGGAGAGGAGCAGGCGAAGGCGUUCUCUGAGCCUGGUCUCGUGAGAGCACCGGUCUCUGGUGUGGCCUUAGGCGGCUCUGCUGAGUAGCUCCCACUUGCCUGGCCAGGUCCACUCCCCUCUCCUCCACCCUGCCCGUCUCUCUGGAAGCCCACAGCUCCUGGCCAGUGCCCUCUCCUCCUGCUGCAGCUCUUGCUACUUCCGGAACAGCUCCUUCUUUUUGCUCCUUCAGGGCCUAGGGUGAAAGUGGCUUCCAGCUGUUGAUUGUCCCCCCCAUGGGGUGGGGGGGCGCUUCACCACAUCCUUCAUCCUGCCACACCUCUGCACAAAGUUUCUUCAUUAAACUCUCUUCACUCAGCCCCUCUGAGCAUGCCAUCUGGUUCCUGCUGGGAGGCUGACUGAUAGAGCAGUUUUGGAUCCAAGCAGCCCUCUUGGAAGGAGGCGGGCUUGGCAGCCUCCCCCGCCUACUGCUCUGCUAUACGUUAUUGAUGCUCUUUUGAAAUGCAUUAGCAACUCAGAAAUGGCCUUAAGGUCUGGGAAUGUGAUUAAUCAAACUGCUAAUUCUCCACAUGAAAAAUGCAACAUCAGAAAAGGCCCCUUGCACCUCCAGGCCUCCUGGCUAAUGAUUAAAACCAUCCUAAUACAA